AUGGAAACUGGAAAGAUUGGGCAAGAAACAGAGACUGAAGUACUAGUUUCAGGCACAGGAUUAGGUGGAAAUCCUACCAGAAAGGCGCAAAUAUUCCAUGGCGAGGAGGAAACUUUGCCAGACGCCACAUUUUCUAACGAAGAUGGUGAUGAUGCCUAUAACUACAAUGACUACAUUGAUGAUGUAGACGAGAUUUUAGAUGACAUCUGUGUUGGGUCCUUUAUGGAUAAUUCUGGUAGAACAGAAUUGCACUCAGACGCAGGGCCUUCACGACACACCUCUGGUACUCCAAUACACCCUAACUUUGACGAGCUGCUAGACAAUGCAAGAAAGCCACUUUAUCCAACCUGCACAGAGUUCUCAAAACUAUCAUUCAUAGUCAAGUUGCUUCACAUAAAGACAGUUGGUGGUUGGACUGUGAAGUCAUUUGACAUGGUUAUAGAGCUUUUGCAAGCAGCAUUUCCUGAUGCUCAGUUUCCUGCCUCAUAUAACGAGGCUCGCCACUUACAACGUGGUUUGGGCUUUAGUUACACAAAGAUACAUGUAUGCCCAAAUGAUUGUGCCUUGUUUUGGAAGGAUCAUGCUGAUAAAGAUCAGUGCCCUAUAUGUAAUGCAUCUAGGUGGGCCUCAAACACAACUAACCAACAAAGAAUACCCCAAAAAGUCCUCCGCUAUUUUCCUUUGAAGCCACGGUUGCAAAGGCUGUUUAUAUCAAAGAAGACUGCCCAAGCCAUGAGAUGGCAUGUAGAAGAGCGUGUUGAUGAUCCCAACUUCAUGAGACAUCUGGCUAAUUCUAGGGUAUGGAAAGACUUCGAUAACAAAUAUGAUUGGUUUGCCCAAGAUCCUCGUAAUGUCAGACUUGGUCUAGCGAGUGAUGGGUUCAACCCAUUCAAUAACAUGAGCAAACCGUACAGCAUUUGGCCAGUGCUACUUGUGCCUUACAACUUGCCCCCUUGGUCAUGCAUGAAAGAUCCAUAUUUGAUGAUGUCAUUGUUAAUCCCUGGACCAAAGGCACUGGGAAAUGAUAUUGACGUGUUCCUGCGUCCCCUAAUAGAUGAGUUGACAGAAUUAUGGGAAGAGGGAAUUCGUACAUAUGAUUCAUACAAACGAGAAUCGUUUCAGUUAAGGGCAACGUUGCUCUGGACCAUCAAUGACUUUCCUGCAUAUGCAAAUCUUUCAGGCUGGAGCACAAAGGGUAAGAUGGCAUUCCCUACAUGUAACUUAGAAAUAGAUUCACUAUGGCAUGUGCAUGGUCGAAAACAUUGUUAUAUGGGUCAUCGUCGGUGGUUGGUGCCAGAUCACAGUUGGAGAAGGAAAAAAAAUGCUUUUAAUGGUAAGGAGGAACACCGUCUCCAACCUAAAAUGAAAGCGGGACAAGCUUUAAUGGAGCAAUUACAUGAGGUCUCAAACGUGCAGGUUGGUAAAUCAACAAAGAAGAGGAAACGUAUGCCCAAUGAACUUAAUUGGACAAAAAAAUGUAUCUUCUUUGAGCUUCCUUACUGGUUAGAUUUGGGAUUGCGACAUAACUUGGACGUCAUGCAUAUUGAAAAAACUAUUUGUGAUUCAAUCCUAGGAACCUUGAUGAAUAUUGAAGGCAAAAGUAAGGACACUACCAAUGCGCGUAGGGAUUUGGAAGAUCUUGGACUAAGAAAAGAAUUACAUUUACAGCAUGAUGGUAAUCAUACUUCUAUGAGUCUUGCAUGUUAUAUGUUAAAUGUAACUAAGCGAAAGAGUUUUUGUGCACGUCUUUCAGAAGUCAAAUUUCUGGAUGGUUUUGCCUCAAAUAUUGCCCGGUGUGUCAACAUUACUGAAGGAAAAAUCAUGGGGAUGAAGAGCCAUGAUUGUCAUAUCUUUAUGCAAUAUUUAUUGCCAGUUGUUAUUGGUGGGUACCUACGACCCGAUAUUAGGGGAGCUUUAAUCGAGUUCUGCUCAUUUUUCAAAGAAUUAUGUUCACGAACACUAGACAUAACAGUGUUGGAACGGCUUCAAGCUAAUAUCCCCAUCAUUCUUUGCAAAUUAGAAAUGAUAUUCCCACCUGCAUUUUUCGAUAUCAUGGUGCAUCUUGCCAUUCAUCUGCCAGAUGAGGCAUUGCUAGCAGGACCUAUUCAGUACAGGUGGAUGUACCCUUUCGAGAGGUAUCUGGGUAAGUUCAAGCGAUAUGUCCGCAACAGAGCCCGUCCAGAAGGCUCAAUUGCUGAGAUUGCCGAGUUGCAUGCGAAGACUCCCCUUGAGGUGACCGAUGACAUAUAUGCAUUAGCAUGUGGUCCAGAUCCACUAGUUGCAUCAUAUGCUGGCUGUAUAAUGAAUGGAAUUCGGUUUCACACGAAUGAUCUCGAAGGGCGUCGCUGCACCCAAAACAGUGGGGUUGUUGUUCAUGCCGACCAUGAAGGAUUGCCAAUUGACUUCUACGGUGUGUUGCAGGACAUCAUAGAAUUACGCUAUAUGGGUUGGCGUAAGUAUUUUUUGUUUAAAUGUGAUUGGUGUGACAUUGGCGACACAAGAAGGGGGAUACACAUUGGGGAUCACUUCACGAGUGUCAACACUUCUAGGCAAUGGUAUAAAGAUGAGCCUUUCGCUCUAGCAUGCCAAGCGUUGCAAAUGUUUUACAUAAAAGACCCGACUUUGAGGGGAAGUUGGCACGCGGUACACAAGAUAACAAAUAGGAAUAUUUACAAUAUUCCCCACAAGACCUCGGACUUGCAUGAACUUGAUGAUGAAUUGCACGUUGUUGAAACAGAAGACGAUAGUGACACUGAUGUUAGGAACUAUGGUAAUGUUAAUGAAACUAACCCAGGCAUGCUCAAUCCAUUGACCCGAGUAAAUGAAGACCACUUGCCCGUUGAUCCAUCAACAUUGUCACCAGAGCAAUUGGCUGAAGAAAGUGCCGAUGAGGCCUUCACUAAUGAUGAAAACAUUAACAGCGUGUUUUGGAUGGAGAACAUAGAUGAGGGGGAUGGCGAUGGUACUGAAUAA